CCGCUGCCCUCGCCACUCGCGACUUUCGGAGCAACGGCGCAACGCCAUUUACCCGAGCUCUUCGGGAAAACGAGACGGUCGUGAGCGCGCUAAGCCUCGAGAGGACGGAGCUCUCUCUCUCGCACUUUUCGUUACUAUUUAUUUCUCGACGUCUAGCCUACGGUAACGCGUUUAUUUUGACCCAACCGGCCGCGAGUACGCGCUACGCUUUUUCAGUGAACGAACAUUCGAUAUUUUCAAUUAAUCAUCUAUGCGGGCUUGCGAAUUUGAAAAAGUGCAACGUUUCUACGUCAAGUGGAAAUAAUCGUGACGAUUCUCUCGUUAAAAAAAAAACAUAACUCCACCUCGGUCCAGAAAUCGAAAUAGGCUCAUUGCAAGUGGAAAUGGGGAAGAUAAAAUGAUCGGAGGAGCCCGGAACAUUAGAAGAGAAUAGGCAGACCGAUACGAGGAGUAUUGGGAGACGAAAAUAAAGGAAAUUCGUGUAAUUGUACAUCAAGAACGAUGGCGAUAGAUAUUCAAGAUUCACAACAGCAACAGCAGCAACCGCAACAACAGCAGCAACCCCAGCAACAACAGCCGCAGCAACAACAACAACAACAACAGCAGCAGCAGCCCCCGCAACAACAGCAAAUGAUGUUAAGCUCGCACGAUAUGCAGCAGCAACAAAAUGUCCAACAGCAGCAACAGCAAGUGCAACAGCAACAACAACAGCAGCAGCAGCAGCAGCAACAACAACAACAACAACAACAACAACAGCAGCAGCAGCAACAAGUACAACAACAAGUACAACAAGUUCAACAAGUACAACAAGUGCAACAAGUUCAACAGGUUCAACAAGUCCAGCAGCAACAGGCCCAGCAACAACAAGCCAAUAAUCAACACAAUGUCACACAGGUUCAAGUCCAGCCUCAAGUCUCCUCCAGCAUGCCACAACAACAGUUGCAGAGCGCUGUAGCCGUAUCCAUGCAACAUCAGCAGCAGCAACAACACGGUGUAUCGAUGACACUUUCGGGACAGCAGGGCGGAACAGCAAUAACGACGAUGGCUGCACACCCACAAGCCGUUCAAGUGAUACAGCAACCGAUGCAGAGUCAAGUUUAUCACUUGCAACAUCUGUACAAUACCCAGGGAACUCCUUUGUAUCUGAAUCCACAAUCCAUUCAGGUUAUCACUGCCGGAGAUGGUAACCAAUCGGGCGCUCAAUUGACCCCGCACAUGCUAACGACUACCUCGAAUCCUGGACAAGGGCCAGGACAUCCAGGACCAGGUGGUGCCAAAGUUCAAGGCUUUCCCGCCGGCUAUCUGCCUGCUCCGACCUCCGGCAAUCCAGGCGGUGGACAGACCCUCGUUUUUGGACACGUCGGUGUUUUGGGAUCGCCUCAAUCGCCCCCGUCACUGCAACAACAACAGCAACAACAAUCUGCCAAUAAGCAGGAUCAAGUGCAAAAGUACACAACGUGUACGACGGGGACGCCGACGGCUGGAAAACCAGGAGGAAUGCAAUUUGCUCCAUGGCAAUUCGCGCCUCAGGUCGCAUGGACGGGGCUUCAAACACCGACGCUUCUGACUGCAGCACCGAAUCAAAUAUUUAUUCGAGGUCCCACGCAACCGGAUAUGUUUAUACAAAGUCCUCAAGCGAUACAGACACACAAUGCUUUAGCGGCUCAACAACAGAUUCAAAGUGUCCAACAAAUCGCUGCUGCCGGUGGUAAGCCACGUGUCAUGGACAUGCAACAGCAACAACAACAGCAAGCGAAACAAGCCGUCGGUGGUCAAAGACCGUUGAGUAUUCUUCCAUCCUCGUUGCAGGGUGUUCAAGGCGCUAAUAUACGACCUGCUAGCUCGGUUUCCACACAAACGGUACACGGUGUGCAGGCAACGGUACACUCGCAGAGCGGAAAGUGCAAUGGAAGUGGGGUUAAAGGCCGUGGUAAGCCGGUGGUUCGCACAAGACCCGGUCCAAAUGCAUUUCAGGGCGCUACAAAGGCCGGUUCAGCAAAUCAAACGAAAUCUAAUGUGCAUCACGCAACAAUGAUAAUGCAACAACAGGCCCCAGUGUCCAAUAGCAACAACAAUAACAAAGUACUUAUAACGACAAAUGUUCCUGUGGUGACUUCUGCGCAACCACCUGGCUCACCUAUGUCCACCGCUGACAAGCAAAACUUUGGACAACAAAACAAAACAGUAAUGCAAUCACCACAGCAGCAACAACCACAGACCCGCGGAUUGCAAUGCAAACCGACUCCGAUGCAACCCCAGUAUCAGCAGAUGUUCAUGCAGCAGAUGCAACAACUCCAGCAUCAACAACAGAUUCAACAACAGUGCCAGCAGCAACAACAACAACAAAACAAUCAGCAACAAAUUCAGCCGAAACCUUUAAUGGGCAUGACCCUGCAACAGCAGCAACAGCCUCAACCACAACAGCAACAAGGCGUCGUGUUAGGGGGCGACCGUCCAAUAAUGCCAGUCGUUUCGAUGGUGGGUGUGGGAGUGGCAACAACGUUGCAAAUGAAUCAGGUUCAAUCGCCGAUGUCGGGUGGUCCGCAACAACAGCCUCAGCAGAUUCAGCAACCGAUGAAUCCGGGAAUCAUUGGAAAUCAGAUAGUCGGAACGAAUGCACAAGUUCAGGCGAUCCCGAUGAUGAGUCAGACGAAUGAGCAACAGCAGCAACAACAGUUGCAGCAACAAGCCCAGCAGCAGCAACAACAGCAGCAGCAGCAGCAACAACAACAACAACAACAACAACAACAACAACAACAACAACAACAACAACAACAACAACAACAAGCUCAACAGCAAGCCCAGCAACAAGCUCAACAAGCGCAGCAGCAGCAAGUCCAACAACAGCAACAAGCCCAACAACAGGCACAGCAACAAGCUCAACAACAGGUACAACAACAAGCCCAACAACAGGCCCAACAACAAGCUCAACAACAACAGCAACAACCUCAGCAACAGCAACAGCUUCAUCAACAACAACACCAACAAAAUCAAUCUCAGCCACAACCUCAGCAACCUCAACAAGACAACAGCUCCACAAUGAUCGUUGCACCUUCACCGGAUCGCAUUCAUCAAAGCGAUUGCGCAAUGAUGAUUCCUUGCAACCCAACGAACAAUACAACUUUAACGAUCGAGGAUUCGAAAAGUUCUAUCAAAAAGGAAGAAUCCACAGUCGAGGAUGCUUCUCAACGUACGAACGCUUCCGAACCCGAUACGAAAACACCCCCUACGGAAGAAAAUUCCACCACCCCCGUUGCCAAGAUCGAAGAGAAAAGUUGCACGAAUCCUCUGACGAAUCUUGCCAAUGCUGUCAACUCCAUUACCAACGGUGUCAACAACGAAGAACCCACACUCACUGGAACUAUCUCGACACCACUUUCCACCAACAGCAAACAGGCACCGCCCAAAGCUCUUGUCAAACCGCAAGUUCUUACUCAUGUUAUCGAAGGAUUCGUCAUACAAGAAGCUUCGGAACCAUUUGCAGUUAAUCGCUCAUCGAUGAACGGCUCAAUUGGACAAGAAACACCCACCGGUUUGAAUCGAAAUAACAUCGGAGAAAAAGAUGGCCACGAGGAACCGCCAAGUAAGAAAAGAAAGAAGCAUGCUUCCAUUGCGUCACACGAUAACGAAGGAAAUGGAAUGGCAAAUGGAAAGUGCGAAGCGUGUGGAAACCUCGUUGACGAACAAAAUUGCAAGUUGAAGAAGGACAAACGUUUCUGUUCCUCCAUUUGCGCCAAGAGUAAACGAAGAGAAACAAGGGAUCGCGAAUCAAAUGAGAAACAAUGGACCGAAAUGGAGAUUGACUUGAAGAAAAAUGACUCGGACGGCUCGAUCAAAAGCAACGAAGAAAAAACUCUGUCCACGACGAGUACGCCUACGCCAGAAGAUGUCACACCGAAAAUACAUCCGGUCAAAUGGACGGUAAACGAAGUGUGCGACUUCAUUCGAGGUCUGCCAGGUUGUGCGGAUUACGCGGAAGAUUUUGCGAUCCAGGAGAUCGACGGUCAGGCAUUGAUGUUAUUGAAGGAAGAUCACCUCAUGUCCGCGAUGAGUAUAAAGUUGGGUCCAGCGUUGAAAAUCGUAGCGAGAAUCGAUUGUAUGAAGAAUGAAUUGAUGUCGAAUUCGUCGUCGCCAACAUCGAACAAUAGUUCGUGAAGCAUCGUGCUCAAAUAAGAACGAGGAUCAUUCUCGACGACGAAUAAAAAGAACAGAAAUCUACCGGGUUUGUGCAAGAUUGUGCUCCUUGAAGAAAAAACGAAAAUACUCUACGAGAUUCAUUGAACACUCAUACUUUCGUAUAAUUCGACUGUUUGGACUAAAAACAAUAAUAUUUUGAUGUCCGUUCGAUAAAUCACGCGAGUGAAUUACAUGACGCCAGUGACAAAAAUGAAAGAGAGAGAGAGAGAGAGAAAGGAAAGAGACAGACAGACGAAAACUAUGAAAUUUUCGUAGACUUUUACACGGUUGAAUAGAUUUUUUAAAUUCGUGUGUUUACUAAACGAAAAAUGUGUUUUCUUGUGGACAUUUUAAAGAACAUUUAUAAAAACGAGUUUGGCGACUCGUUAAGGAGAUUUAUAGUCUAUACGAUAUUUCGCGUUAACUUCGCGAAAACGGUGAUUAUUAUUAUUAUUUUAGUUUUUUUCGCCUGCGACUAUAAAUCUGUAAAAUUACAGCGAGUUCACGAAGAGUAAGUAAAAAAAUCGACGCGCGAAUGUAAAUUUUUCCAGUUCACAUUGAAAUUAUCGAAAACGUUUUGUCGAUAAAUAUAUAAAAGAAAAUAAAAAACAAAAGUUCAUGCCGUAACACGUUGAAUAAUGGAAUAGCGUUAAGAAUCUUAAUUCUUCGAAACUUGUGACUCGCUUGAAGAACCGAACAAGUUUUGCCUCGACGUAAAAGAAUUAACCUGGUUACUUGUAAGUGUAAAUAUUCCGAUCGUAAAAAUUGAUGGGAAAAUCAAUGAAUGGGAAAAACUAAUGAACGAAAGAAAUAAACAACAGGAAAAACAAUGAAGGUGUUCAGUAUUCAUCUGUAACGAAGAAAAUUUUAGCGCUAGAAAAUUGCUAGAAAUGUUUGUACGAUUAUGAACAUUUGUUAUCACCGGUUGAUUUUUCCUUUGUCUGUUUUAUUUUCUUAUUUGUUUUCCUUCGUGUUAAGACACUUUGUACAUAAAUGUGCAGCGAAUGAAAGCGGAAUUGGAGACACAUCAAAUUAAUCGAUUACUCGCUCAAAAAAAAAAUGCAUACUGAAAAACUGCAUAUAUUUAUGAAUUUUCUACAAAUACAGAUAAUUUUAGGAAACGAUUAUUCAAAAAAAGAAAAAAUUCCGGUAAAACUAUUGAAUUAUCGAUAAUAGUGCGGGUAAUCGAAAAUUUCCAUGUCAAUAAAAACUCCGAACAGCGUUAUCGCAUUUUGAGAAUCGCAACUGCCAAAUGAUUUUGUACGAUGUUAUGAAAUUACUCGAUACUUGGUACAUUAAAACGCCGUACGAUAAAAAAUUA